AGAGGGAAUGCAUUGAAUACUGGGAAUGGCGAGUAUGGAGUCGUAACUGGUAAAUUCAUUCUAAACGGUAAGAACACAAUCGUGUCUCUUCUAGAGAGAGAGAGAGAGGGAGUCGUCUUUUGCGUGGUAAUUACCGAACCACUGUGCGUUACGAUUUGCACGCCUGAAGUAGUUACCAAUAUUCAAGCAGUGUCCGCUCACCUUCUGCAACAUGCCCUUCUCAGAAUACCACCAAAACUCUCUCUCUCUCUUUCUCUCUGAAGCCCCUCACCUCAUCUUCGGCCUGCCCCCUUAUCUGAUACACCAAAAACAUCACUCUCUCUCUCUCUGUCUCUGGACCAGCAAUUCUGCCUCUUCUUAUUCUUAUAGCUUCCUCUUAUUCAAAAGCUUCUGCACCCUUAUCUGAAACACCACCAAGAACCUCUCUAUCUCCCUCUCUCAUGCCGUCUGGUCCCACAUCGUUCUGAUGAUGUACGGCAGUACGGGCCUUAAUUGCUGACGGAAUAUUAGAACCAUUCGGUAGUUCAGUCAUUGAGUCGAGUAAGUUCCUCUUUUUGGUUGUUCAGUUGGUGGGAUGCUUUGGGCGUGCAUUUGCGUGUACCGUUGAUCAGGAGGGGAUCUUUGGUUAUUGUCCGUUGCGAAAUUUCUUGCUACUGAUUCCGGUGUAUGUGUAGGGGUGCUGAAGAAAUCUUUAAUCUCAGAAAGAUCCACCAAGGGAAUGGAACAAUAUCUGCUUACUUAAGUUUGUCUGUGUAGCUUCAGUUAAUCUAGUGAGCCAGUGUGAAGUUCUUUUGGGGAUUGAAGCAAGAUUAAUAUGUGCAGUUCUUGGAUCUUGUAUCCUGUUUCUUUCACUUGCAUGGUCGAUUCCUAGAAUUUUUGGAAUAUUUGAAUGCUAUUGAGGAAUAAAUGGGAAAAACACCAGCAUUUAGUUGCACGGAACAGAGUAGAAAAUUUGAAUGUAGAUGUGUUUCUUAUGACUCGCUUAUGUUGAAUACGGUGAUCUUGGUCCUGUUCUUCUUCUUGGGGUGGAAAAUCUUUGAAAUUAGUACCCAGUGCAAGUCUCUGAACAGGUGCUAUGGUCAGCUCGAGAAGAAUCUAGCUGAUGGCUUCAGAUGUGAUGGAAGGGGAUCUUUAAAUGGAUACCUGGCAGAUUCAAAGGGACUCACUAUGGGAAAUCAUGAUGGAACCAGAGAGUCUGAUCAAGCAAGAGAGGGGACCUCUGGAAAUGGAUCACCAAUGUGCAAUGACUCUUUCGUUUCUUGUUCCUGUGAAGAGUUUCCCAUGAGCAGAUGCAGGGAUGGCAGCACUGGCAUUAGAAUGCAAGACUUGAUCGAUGACAACCAUGACGAGGCUGAUCUGAACCUGGAAAUUUCAGCUGAUCGAAGGAUGGCGGAGAUUGAAGUUCAUGAAAAUCCUGAAGGUGAACAGGAUCUGGAUUCUGCUGCAUUGAGAAGGGCGAUAAAAAUUGAACAAGGUUACCGGGCUGCGGCUUAUUUGGAGCUUGAAAAGGAGAGGAAAGCUGCUGCUUCUGCUGCUCACGAGGCAAUGGUGAUGAUACUUCGACUACAAAAUGAGAAACAUUUAAUAGAGUUGCAAGCACAACAGCAACAAAGAGAAGCCCAACAGAGGCAGCUUUAUGAUGAAGAAGUGAUUCAGUCACUUCGUGAAAUUAUAUCAAAACAGGAACUAGAAAGGGAAGAACUAGAGGACCAGUUAACGAAGAUGCGAAGGAAAGUGUAUUCUGCUAAUUCUGCUGAUGACGUUGAUCAAUGGAUUAGGAACAUGUCAGCCCCAUCUACACCUAUUCCCGAAAAUAACAUAUCUGACCAUGUGUGUGGUUUCAUGAAGGAUGCAGAAGCUCAUCAGGCUUCUUAAUACAGCAGCACCGUAUUGACCGGAUGCCUUUGGCAGAUGAUGAAUCCUCUACAGGGGAACAGGGCCAAGAAGCUUAAGUACUUGGUGGAGGAAACAAAUACUCCAUCAACCUCCAAAAUUUCUACUUCUUUAUGGGUCUUGUGGAGUUGGUUUGAGUGGAGGGCCAAGAUCGAAUUUCCAAGUGAUUGCUUUUUCUUUACUCUCUAUUUCAAAUUUUGACCAUUCAGGUGUACAGCAGAAGUGGCAAUUAUCAAGCUGAUAAAGAAAGCUUUGAUGCAAACAGCUACUGGUCAUUGAAGCCAUUAAUGCACCAAGUUGAUCGCCAUUUAGAUGGAAAGUCUUGAACUGCCUUAGAAUUGACGCGUUCUGAACAGUGCUCGUGUAGUCAUUAAGUGGUUUAAUCUUUGUACGAAGAGGAAGAAAUUAGGGAUCGCAUUAUAUGCUUCUUCACAAUAUCUUUUAAGACUUGAGAAUUAAUCAGUUUUGCAAUAUACGAAAAGGAAAUUGAAGCUUGAUAGAUA